AUGGAGGCGCCGGCACGAGGUCUGUUGGAGGCCGAACCACUGCGAGGAAGAGAUGAAGACGCAGUAGCCAGCGCUGACUUCUCUAGCAUGCUCUCUGACGAGGAGAGAGAAGAGUUAAAGGCAGAACUAGUUCAGCUGGAAGACGAAAUUACAACAUUACGACAAGUAUUAUCAGCAAAAGAAAGGCACCUGAUUGAAAUAAAGCAAAAACUCGGCAUGAACCUGAUGAAUGAAAUAAAACAGAACUUCAGCAAAAGCUGGCAUGACAUGCAGACCACCACUGCCUACAAGAAGACACAUGAAACGCUGAGUCACGCAGGACAGAAGGCCACUGCUGCUUUCAGCAAUGUGGGGACGGCCAUCAGCAAGAAGUUUGGAGACAUGAGGAAUUCUCCUACUUUCAAAUCAUUUGAGGAGAGGGUUGAGACAACUGUCACAAGUCUUAAGACGAAAGUAGGCGGGCCGAACCCGGGCGGAGGCAGCUUUGAGGAGGUGCUCAGCUCCACCGCCCAUGCCAGCGCGCAGAGCUCGGCGGGCGCCCCCCGGCGGGAGGAGGAGGAACUGCAGUGCUAG